CUUGUUUACGCAGCCAGCUCGAGUGACUUGUUUUUCCCCUCAGGCUCCACUGCUUUAUGGCUGUCCGACCGAAGUCCGAGCUUUCACGCAGGGCACUGAGACACAAGUAGACUUGGAAAAACUCCGCCAAGACGCCAGGAUUUUACAGAGGUUGACUCGUGGAAGAAGCGGUGAAUGUUUUUGGAAGUUGUAGCGGAAAGGGAGGUGCCGUGGAGAUCACGAUCGGCGGAGGAAGAAUCGAGAGGCCAGGAGAGUGCGUGAGCGUGAGUGAUGGGCACGUCGGUGUUGUUGACCACUUCCUCAUGGACGUUCGUCAUCCAGCGCCGAAAGUCCUGUUCACACGUCUCCUACCAAGUCUUUAUUGAAUGAUACUCGAUUUUCAGCCAUCUUGAGGACUUUUCCGACUUAAUUGAGUGUUGUGAAAAGGAUUUGCGGGGAGAUAGCAGACCCGCGGACUUUGGAACUGCAAAAAUGCGGGUGGUGGACAAAAUGGCCGGACUCAUGUGGGCAGCACUCACGCUGGUCAUCGGUCUCGGCCUCCUUGUACCCAGUAACGGGGAAGAAUACAUCUGUGAUAGUAUGGAUAUCAGGAACCGAGUGACCAAUCUCAGACAACUGGAAAACUGUACUGUCAUCGAAGGCUACCUACAGAUCCUGCUCAUCGACUUUGCGGAAGAGCAGGACUACCGAGGACUGUCGUUCCCCAACCUGGUAGAAAUCACGGACUACUUCCUCCUCUACCGAGUCAGAGGCUUGACGAACCUCUCGGAACUCUUCCCGAACCUUGCCGUUAUCCGCGGGACCAACCUCUUCUUCAAUUACGCGCUGGUGGUUUUCGAGAUGUUGGAUAUGCAGAAGAUCGGCUUGUACAGCCUGCAAAACAUCACACGUGGUUCAGUUCGAAUCGAGAAGAAUCCCAACCUCUGCUACCUGGAUACCAUUGAUUGGUCGUUCAUCGCCGAAUCAGGAUACAGAAACAAUUUCAUCGUGGAUAAUCGUGAUGAGGAAGAGUGUGGCUACUGCCCAAAGAGAUGUCGUAACGAAAACCCGGUGGUACUGCAGGAUCUUUGUUGGGCAGAGGAACAUUGCCAGAAAGUUUGUCCAGAAAGCUGCCUUGGGAAUUGUCUGGAUGGAUCCUCCGGCUGUUGUCAUGAAAACUGUAUUGGUGGGUGCGAUGGUCCGACUGAAAGAGACUGUGUGGCCUGCAAGUACUUCGUCCAUAAUGGGGAAUGUCUCAUACAAUGUCCACCAGAUACAUAUCAGUAUAAAGACCGACGGUGUAUCACGGAGGACGAGUGUCCAAACACCACCAAUGCGGUGUGGAAGUUGCACCAUCGGAAGUGUAUCCCAGAAUGCCCCAGUGGGUACACCACGGACGUUAACAACCCACGAUUGUGUACGGAGUGUGAGGGACAAUGUCCCAAAUCAUGUAAAGGUGGGCUGGUGGACUCCCUGGCAGCGGCUCAGAGGUUCCGUGGAUGUACCAUCAUUGAGGAGGAACUGAAGAUAAGCAUCCGUGGAGGAGACAACAUCAUCACUGAGCUGGAGGAAAACCUGGGUCUGAUUGAGGAGGUCGGACACUACGUUGCCAUCGUGCGCUCGUACGCUCUGGUAACGCUGGACUUCCUACGCAGUCUGAAGAGAAUCCGAGGGAUACAGAAGGAGAAUGGUUAUGCUUUCUACGUGUUGGAUAAUCGGAACCUGGAGAAGUUGUUUGAGUGGGAUCGGACAGACUUGACGAUCGAUGAAGGGAAGCUGUUCUUCCACUUCAACCCAAAACUGUGCCGGCAUGUCAUCCUCACAAUGGUGGAGAAAGUGGGACUUCCCCCAGAUACUAUAACCGACACUGACAUCUCCACAUUGACCAAUGGGGACCAGGCACAAUGCUCCUUCAGCAGACUUGAGAUCGAGGAAAUCAACACCAGAAAGGACAUGAUCAUUCUGAGGUGGAGCGAGUUCACACCACCUGACCCUCGAGAUUUACUCAGCUACACGGUGUCUUACAGAGAGACAGAGGAGCAGGGUAUAGAUGAGUAUGACGGUCAGGAUGCUUGUGGUAACACCGAAUGGAAAGAGUUUGACGUGUCUCCUGAUCAGAGGGCACAUAUCAUCACAGGGCUCAAGCCCUGGACACAGUACGCUCUUCUUGUGAAGACUUACACCAAAGCUGGUGCACGAGAAGGCUCUGGGGCCAAGAGCGACAUUGUGUAUGCCCGCACAGAUGCUGACAAACCAACCCACCCACAGGAUGUUGUUGUGUAUUCCAACUCCUCCAACACCCUGAUCAUCACCUGGAAACCUCCCAACAGACCCAACGGUAACGUCACCCAUUACAUCGUCAGGUACAAGCGACAGCUCGAAGAAGAGGAUUCCAUGGAGCACAGGGAGUACUGCAUCGGAGGCUUAAAGCCUCACAGGCCGACUCAAGGGUUGGAGGACAUUGUCAACAAUGAAGAGGAGCCCAACAACGGUACUAUAGGGGACGGAACCUGCUGCGAGUGUCCAAAGAGUGAAGACGAGAUUCGCAUUGAGGAAGAAGAAGCGGCCUUCCAGCAGGAGUUUGAAAACUUCCUGCACAACAACGUGUAUCACAAACGGGAAAAUGAGACCAGAGCCGGUCGUCGCCGUCGGGAGCUGCCUGUAACAGCCAGGCCGUUCUACAGCAACCAAACAGUCAACGUAACUCUGCCGUCCACCAACACGACAGCACCACCCACACCAACCCCCAAUCCCAACCCUCAACUGGAAACCACGGUGUGGAACGAGCACAUGGUGGUUCUGACGGGGUUGAGGCAUUUCUCAGAGUAUAUCAUUGAGGUGAUCGCCUGCAAUGCCGACGUCAUUAAUGUGGGCUGCAGUGGCUCUGCAGUGGAACUAGCCAGAACACAGGCUGAUGAUUCUGCGGACAAUAUUCCUGGCAACAUCACAGUGGAUGUUGGUGUCGAUGUGGAGACAAAGGUCAAAAUGGCUAAGUUGUACUGGCCCAAGCCGUACCAGCCCAACAGUAUGGUGGUCCUCUACAACGUCGAAUAUAAAAAGCUUGGAGCUGAUGGCAACUACGAACAACCACAACAGAAGUGUGUGGAAAGCUACAAGUUAAUGGAGCAGCAAGGAUACACCAUCAGUAAUCUUGUUGCUGGAAACUACUCCGUCAGGGUUCAGGCCACUUCCUUUGCAGGAAAUGGCUCCUGGUCCAAUUAUGUCACAUUCUAUGUGGAAGAGGAAGGAAAUAAAGACCCCCAGCAGCAGGUGCCUGUGUCGCUGAUGAUCGGCAUGGGUGUCGGCUUCAGUCUCCUGGUCCUCUUGGCUGUCGUUUUUGCCUUCUGGUACUGCACUAAAAAGAGAUUUGGUGACAAACAGAUGCCCAAUGUAGUACUGUAUGCUUCUGUCAACCCUGAAUACAUGAGCUCUGCAGAUGUGUAUGUCCCUGACGAGUGGGAAGUUCCUCGUGAGAAGAUCACGCUCAUUCGUGAGCUGGGUCAGGGGUCGUUCGGCAUGGUGUACGAGGGCGAGGCCAAGGACCUCGUGAAGGAUGAGCCAAUGGUCAGUGUUGCUGUGAAAACGGUCAACGAGUCUGCCUCCAUCCGAGAGAGAAUUGAGUUCCUGAACGAGGCUUCAGUGAUGAAAACGUUCAACUGUCACCAUGUUGUGAAGCUGAUGGGAGUAGUGUCCAAGGGGCAGCCUACCCUGGUGGUCAUGGAGCUCAUGGCCCUGGGGGACCUGAAGAACUACCUGAGGAGGCACCGCCCAGAAGAGGACGCCGGCCUGUCGGACAGCCCUGCAUCAAACGAGGCCAAGAACAGCCCCUUUGCUGAAAACGAUAAUGACCCACCACCCACUUUCAAGGACAUCAUUCAGAUGGCUGGCGAGAUCGCUGACGGCAUGUCGUACCUGGCUGCCAAGAAGUUUGUGCACCGCGAUUUGGCCUGCCGCAACUGCAUGGUGGCACAGGACCGAACUGUCAAGAUUGGAGACUUCGGCAUGACCAGGGAUAUCUAUGAGACGGAUUACUACAGAAAGGGCGGAAAAGGACUGCUCCCUGUGAGAUGGAUGUCGCCAGAGUCUCUCAAAGACGGGGUUUUCACCAGCCAGUCUGAUGUCUGGUCCUAUGGUGUGGUGUUGUGGGAAAUGGCGACCCUUGCCUCUCAGCCGUACCAAGGCAAGUCCAAUGAAGAGGUUCUGAAGUUUGUUAUCGACGGUGGAAUGCUGGAGAAGCCAGAGGGAUGCCCCAACAAACUGUACGACCUGAUGAAGCUGUGCUGGCAGUACCGUCAGAGCAUGCGCCCCACAUUCCUGGAGAUCGUUGAGAUCUUGUCCCCCGAGCUUCAGGCCCACUUCGCCGAGGUGUCGUUCUACCACAGCCUGGACAACCACGGCCGCGAGCCGCUGGAAAUGGACGACGUGGCGCUGGACUCUGGGGCAGACACAGAGACAGAGAUGUACCCCAGUGGAAGCGAGUUCUCCUCCACCCCCUCACCCCCCAGUGAGACCCCCUACUCCCACAUGAAUGGAUCUCACCCACAGAAUGGAUCCAUGAACCUCAGAAUACCCAAAUCCACCCUCUGCUAAGCAGACAUUCACUUAUCCCUGCUGUAUCCACAAUGCAAUUCAGGAGAAUUAUACAGAUGUAUUGUGUAUAUAUAUAUUUGAAGAGAGUAAUAUAAUUUUGAGGCAGCAAGCUAUUUUUUAGUACAAGCUGUGUAAAAUCUAUUCAGUAGCAACGGAACAAAUCAAGCAAUCCUGAAAUGCCAAGAGAACAUGUACUUACAAAUCCAAUGCCAGGAGUCCCGAUUACUACUUUACCUCAAUGUUAGUCACACUGCCUUUGCAAUUUCUGCCACCCGUCCUGACCAGUAGCACCAUUGACACAGUUGUUACAGUGUAACAAAACAAAAUCACCCUGCCAUGUAUCUACCUCAAUGUGCUACGUGCAAUGUAACCAGAGCCAACAAAGCUUUCUAAGAUGCUUCCCAGCAAUCACCUACAGUUAUACCUGACAAGCAUGACCGAUGACAUACAUGUACACUGUGGAAAUAGCACUUGUUCUUGGCAGGGAUUGACUUAUUUGAAAAAAGAAAAAAAAAAAAAAAGAGGAAACAAAAAGUACUAAUUGCAGGCUCUUACAUACCUGCUCUGCAUUUCUUAUUGGCAGCUAUUUUUUGGCCAAAGGUUGUGUACAACCAAAGCUUGCGUACAACCAAAGCUUGCAUGCAAAUAGACAGUGAUACCAUAGAAGUCAUUUGCCAUUUCUUACUCAUUCUUAAAGACUUGAGGCUGUUCUAGUAGUGUUGUCUGAUUGGUCCCUUCAAUAGAAUGAUGUCUAUAGACAACCAAGCCAGCAUGGAGGUAGUUUUUUAAGUUGUGCCAAAUUACCCAUGGUUCCUUGCUACAGACUCAUGUCUUCAGAAUGUUUCUAACUGCUUGGCAUUUUGAGAGAUAUUAUCAGUGUAUGUUAUUUUAUUUCUUUUUUCUUUUCUUUUUAGUCAUGACACCUCGGUGCCACUGGGGCAUAUUAUAGUUUUUCUGGCACCCUGGUAGAUGUUUUAUUGAGUCCAAACAAAUAAGCAAGCAGCUUCCAAUACAAAUGGUCAGAUUCAUAGCAAAACGGAAAAAAAUGCUUUCUUUGUGGAGGGUCCGUAUGGGGAGUUUGGAGUAUUCUGACGUCCAGGAGUUUUGAGACGUAAAUGUGGGGAAGAUGUGAGUACACGUGGGAUGGAGCGCUGGCCGCACGCAGCCACGAUGUUAAGAUGUAAAAGUUUCUCAUAUGGAGUGUGGCUGCCGUGUGACAGCCGGCUCGUCAGAUGUAUGUUUCCAUUGUACUGAUUUCAUGUGACGUUUGAUGAAGUUGGGAGAUUAUUUUUUCUUCUGUAUAUAAAUGUGAGAAUAAGUCAGAGCCUAAUGAAGGAUUAUUUUCAUAAUCUGUUAGUUUUGAGUUUUCUAUUUAAUCCAGAUGCACGAAAGGCUGUAGACAGUUGUACUAACUCCAGAAAAACUCAAUGUUGGAAGAAGUCCAACACCUAUAUAAUUAAAGAAGUAUGUUUCAGAAGAAAUUGUAGUGUAAAUAAUGUGUGCAAAAUAAAGCUCUCUUUCUGAAAUAUUUGUUGCUCUAUGGAUUAGAGAUGUUGAACACAGUAGGUACAACUCCUAUGUACUUAUUAUAGACAUGUGCUACCUCUGGUAAUGAAGGCCUUUGUAAACCUCAGUGUAAAUUAUAUGAUCAAACAUGACGCAAUGACAGAGCCUGUGUAAUCAAAUGGCAUCUUCACGUAAUAUUUAUUUUUAAUAUUAUGAAACCUUUGACAGAGAACAGAUGUUAGCGAUGAUCAGAUGCAAAUUGUAUAAUAUCUACUGUACAAAGUUUUCAAAUUCUCAAAUCUUAGUUGCAGAGGUAGCAACAAGAUCUGUCUUCUUGCUCUAUAGUACUUCUUGUUGCAGCCAAUUUCAAGCCAUAAGCUUUGCACCUCUUUGUGUCUGCAAGUGUACCCACAAUGCUGUGCCAAAUACAAUGCAUGAUGGGAAGUGAUUUUGUGGUACAGUGGAUUGUGCCAUCUACCCCUGUGGGGGUAGGACAUCAGGAGGCUGACAUGUACCAAUUCUGGUCAAAUAUGCUUAUACCUUGCAGUGCCUAGUUCUGUUGUAGAAAACAAUGUUGUGUGAAGUCUGUAAUAUAGGAAAUAUCGCCAGGGCUUGGUUGGCCACUACUUGUAUCCUAACUACUUUUCUAAUGGCUUAAGUACUAGAUUUCUAGAAUGGCUUAAUUCUAGCAGGGAAACGAAGACAGAAAGGUAGUUCCUUGUAGAUACACAAAUAAGAUGUAGAUGUGUCUGAGAUACACUAAUUGUUGUACCUCUGUUCCUGGAAAAACAUGAUUAUCAUUAUGUACUAGUAGAUUCAGAAAAUCGUAUGGCAUCCGGAAGCUUGUGUAAGGUUUAUUUCCUUUUGUGUCCAGAAGCAUGUAAAUAGAAGACAAUGAACUUAAAGACCAGGUUAUUUUAAACAUGGAAAAAGAAUUGAUGUCAGAUGAAAUUGAUAGGAUAAAUGCUAGUGGCCAAUCACUGGUGACACAGUCCAUUUUAAGUUCUUGUACAUCUGUACUGACUCAGCACCAAAUAAGGAUUGCUAUCUCUGUAUAUUGUGAUUGGUCUUACACAUACAACCUAGAGGUAAGUUGUAUAUGGCACUGCAGACAAAAUGUAUAUUUGAUAAAUAAGUUUUGAUUUUCCUGACUUCCAAGUUCUCUGCCUUUCCAAUAUUGCAACAAAAUUCUGCAAAUAAAGUUUUAUGGAUAAAGCAAA